CCUGUUUCAGUUUCUGCAUGUCAUGAACUACUAUGCAGCUAGCUUACGUUAAAUAUGUGUGAUAUCGUUAGCUAGCUACAAAAAGCUACCAAUGUGGCCGCUAUCUCACUACAAGACAUUAAUAAACAAGUACAAUUGAUAACUAGCUAGCUAGCGUUAGACAUUACAGCUUUUUAAUGAGAUUUAUCGAAACUGCCAGCUGGGCGAAAUGUGGUACACUGUUCAGCAAGUUACAAUCUUAGCACUCCAUAUUAGCUAAAUUUCAUGUUCAUUGACGCUAAUGCAAGGCUAGCCUCCACUAUCUUCUGGGUGAAGUAUCCCCCAGUUAACGUUAAUCUUGCCAGGGAUAAGUUGUUCUGAUAUUUGCAAUUUGGACUGCAAUUUUGACAAACAGUGAACAUAUUUUUUUGUAUUAUCAUACGAUUCUUUUAUCUUGUCAUUGAAUGUUUUGUAAGACCGUUUACAGCGCUACCGUGAGCUUUUAGGACAAGUUAGCUUGGUCGUUUUUUUAGCUUAGUUAGUAUAACGAUACCAACCCUAACAUGUGCAUUUCGACUGGUUAACAACACUGGUCCUUAACAGUUAACAGUGUAAAUGUAUGAAGUUCAAGUAUUGUUAUAGAUAGCUCCAAACGAAAAAGACUAAUGAUAGGCACACACACAGUCAACGUUACAAAAUUAGGCUUUCAUUUUGGUCAAUGAAUAACUCUUAUCUGUGUAAAAGCUGGGAAUGUCAAGUAUGUUAGCCUUGUGAUUCGCUCUUAUUUGGAGAAGUAAUUUUGUGUGCAAUGUCCUCGGCAUGUAAAAUUAUCGCUGGGUCGCUAACUUUUUAUAGAUAGCUUGCAUCACCAGUGACUAGCUACACUAAAAGAAGGUACUUCCUGAUUACUUCAGAUAAUGUUCAAGACAGCGGGUGCGCCACACACGUUUAUGCUAUAUAGGGACCGUAGUGGGAUGUUAUCCGUUGACAAUGAACGAAGCUUUGGGACACCACACUUUAAUACUAUGCAAUGUGACAUACCCACAUGGCUUAACGGUUGGUCAGGUCUGCAACACUGGUCAACCCCUACAGUGUGUGGUUAUCAAUGUGACGGACAGUAAUAGCACAUCCAGCAUUGCAAUGGGUCAAGACCGGGGAAGGUACGACUUCUACAUUGGCCUGGUCUUGGCCAUCAGCUCCAGCAUAUUCAUCGGUGGCAGCUUUAUACUGAAGAAAAAAGGGCUUCUUCGGCUUGCCAGGAAAGGCUCCAUGAGAGCAGGACAAGGCGGUCAUGCAUACCUAAAAGAAUGGUUAUGGUGGGCAGGCUUAUUAUCAAUGGGGGCUGGUGAAGCCGCAAACUUCGCAGCAUACGCAUUUGCUCCAGCCACUCUCGUGACGCCACUUGGAGCACUCAGUGUCCUUGUGAGUGCAAUCCUGUCCUCCUACUUUCUGACGGAGAGGCUGAAUCUGCAUGGGAAGUUGGGCUGUCUGCUCAGUAUCCUGGGUUCCACUACCAUGGUCAUCCAUGCACCUAAAGAGGAAGAAAUUAGCAGCCUGGAGGUCAUGUCCAAGAAGCUGGUAGAUCCAGGUUUUAUGUUCUUCGCCACCUGCGUCAUCAUUGUGGCCCUCAUCUUCAUCUUCGUGGUGGGACCCAAGCACGGUCAGACCAACAUCAUGGUCUACAUCACCAUCUGCUCGGUGAUCGGAGCGCUGUCUGUCUCCUGCGUCAAGGGCCUGGGCAUCGGCAUCAAGGAGGCCAUCGGUGGCCAGUCGGUGGUGAGCAACCCGCUGUUCUGGGUGCUACUGCUGAGUCUGGUGGCCUGUGUCAGCACACAGAUCAACUACCUGAACAAGGCGCUGGACAUCUUUAACACGUCACUGGUGACGCCCAUCUACUAUGUGUUCUUCACUACAUCAGUGCUCUCUUGCUCGGCCAUACUUUUCAAGGAGUGGGAGCACAUGGGCACGGACGAUAUCAUUGGUACACUCAGUGGCUUUGUCACAAUCAUUGUGGGCAUCUUCCUGCUGCAUGCCUUCAAGGACGUCAACGUCAGCCUGGCGACGCUGGCGGUGUCCGUCCGGAAGGAGGAGAAGCCGGGCUCCGCUCCCAAUGGCCACUCCAGCUACGAGCUGCUGCACAACGACGCAACUGGAGACCUGGAGGACCGGGAGAUGGGACUGCCUUUUGACAGCAUCUCCAGAAGGAAUGGCUCCACAGCAAGCACAUAAAAAAAAGAGGGGGGUUGGCAUCUACAGGACUAGACAAGAUGCAACUUGUGGUUGUGGACCUCAUGUUCCCUGGUUUUUAUUUAAAAACGGGCUUAACUUAAGACAAUCAACUCUUAGGGCAAACAAAAAGGUGACUUGGAUGGACCAAUCGAUUGUAACUGCAGUUUUUUUAUUAUAAUUAUUUGCCUUAUUACAUUUUGGUUUUGACUUAAAAAAAAAACUAAAAAAACAAAAACAAACCCUUAACCACACGGUUAGGCUCCUUCAUCUCAUCUUCCAUGUAGCACUGUAAAUAUUGAUCCUAUGUUUUUAAGAGCUUUUGUUAGAGAUUCUGUACAGAUGUCUGUAUUUACAUGCACUGAGUUUCUUUCUACCAUUUGACUUGAUUGCUUUAUCUUUGUAAUAAAGUCAACCCAUGUAAAGACAUGAGAUCCUACUAAAA